UCAGUUUACAACUGACUGGCAGAAGUAGCAGAUCACUUCACACCGGCAGCCGGGAAGGAAGCCGCUUCUCCAGAAGCUCCUUUGACCUCCCCGGGUAUCACCCAGACCCCCCCUGGGUAUCACCCAGACCUCCCCCGGGUAUCACCCAGACCUCCCCGGGUAUCACCCAGACCUCCCCGGGUAUCACCCAGACCUCACCUGGGUAUCACCCAGACCUCACCUGGGUAUCACCCAGACCUCCCUGGGUAUCACCCAGACAUCCCCGGGUAUCACCCAGACCUCCCCGGGUAUCACCCAGACAUCCCCGGGGAUCGGAGAUUUGGAAAUGCCACCAACUGCCAGCAUGCAGCAGCCUGGAAGACAGAGGACAGGCUGGACAAGUUCUUCCUCCCAAUCCCGGGACCCCUCAGCAGACAGAACGUUCUCUGAGGAACAUUAGUUGAAGUGCCUUAAAGGUUUCCAGCCGAAGCCACCAUCUUCCUUCACACAACAGAAUGUCUUUCCACGAAGGGCCUCAAGAACGAUUGUCCAUGACCACAGAAAUGCCCCUGAAGACCAAUGCAACCCUCCCCAUCAAUACUACUUUGGACUUCCCACCAUCCUCGGGUGCGAUGGAGGACAUGAUAGCGACAUUCACUAUCGGGGUGAUUUUAUCCCUCAUGUGCAUAGUAGGAGUUGCGGGAAAUGUCUACACGUUGGUGGUGAUGUGUCAAUCCAUGCGCACGGCCGCUUCCAUGUACAUCUACAUCAUCAACUUGGCCUUGGCCGAUCUCCUUUACCUGCUCACCAUCCCGUUUAUCGUGGGCACGUACUUCAUCCAGGAAUGGUAUUUCGGAGAUGUCGGCUGCCGCAUCCUUUUCAGCUUGGACUUCCUGACCAUGCACGCCAGUAUUUUCACCCUCACCAUUAUGAGCACCGAGCGCUAUUUCGCAGUUCUGAAGCCCUUUGACACGGUCAAGAGAUCGAAGAGCUACCGGAAGUGCAUUGCGAUAGUGGUCUGGCUGGUGUCGCUGCUCCUGACUUUGCCCAUGUUGAUCAUGAUUAAGCUGGUGCACAAAGACAACAAGAGCAUUUGUCUGCCCAUGUGGAGUCGCAUGUCCUACAGGAUCUAUCUAACGGUUCUGUUCUGUACAAGUAUAGUAGGUCCGGGACUGAUCAUAGGCUACUUGUACAUAAGGCUGGCUAGGACUUACUGGGUGUCACAAACUGCCACCUUCAAGCAGACCAAGAGGUUGCCCAACCAGAAAGUUCUGUAUCUAAUUUUCACCAUUGUCCUGGUCUUCUGGGCCUGCUUCCUCCCUUUCUGGAUCUGGCAGCUCCUUGUCCAAUACUACGAAUCUCUUCCCAUUUCACCCAAAGCCAACCGGAACAUCAAUUACAUAACCACCUGCCUGACCUACAGUAACAGCUGCAUCAACCCGUUCUUGUACACCCUCCUCACCAAGAACUACAAGGAAUACCUGAGGAACAGACAGAGGUCGUGGAGCAACAGUGGUUACUUCAGGAACCGUUUUCAAAGGAUGUCGGGAAGAUCCAUGUCCACCAGUAGCCAGCAGUGCACCGAGAGCUUUGUUUUGGCUCAGUGUCCCGGGGGCAACAACAGCUCUUAGGGACCAGUAAGAGCCUCCAUGUGCCAAAUGGCCCCCAAAUAUCCCAAUACAGUGGAACCUCGGAUUACGAGCAUAAUCCAUUCCAGGAGAACGCUCGUAAUCCAAAGCGCUCGCAUAUCAA